AAGAAGUAGUCAUCGGACUCAUCCCAGAACUUGUUGCCACGUCGGACCGGUCCGCGAACCCGGUCAAUUCAUCCGAGACCAGACUAGGAUUAAUACUUUUUGGAUUUGGGUUUUUGGUCAAUCCGCAGAAAUGGUUUCUGUCAUCAACACCGUGGACACCUCGCACGAGGACAUGAUCCACGACGCUCAGAUGGAUUAUUACGGCACUCGACUUGCCACAUGUUCGUCUGAUCGCACCGUGAAGAUCUUUGAUGUCAGGAAUGGAGGUCAGAUACUGGUCGCAGACCUGAGAGGCCACGAGGGUCCCGUGUGGCAGGUGGCGUGGGCUCACCCGAUGUUUGGCAACAUUCUGGCUUCAUGUUCCUACGAUCGUAAAGUCAUCAUCUGGAAGGAGGAGAACGGAACCUGGGACAAGAUGUACGAAUACACCGGGCACGAGUCAUCAGUAAACUCCGUCUGCUGGGGCCCGUACGACUUUGGUCUUAUCUUGGCCUGUGGCAGCUCAGACGGAGCCAUUUCCCUGCUCACAUUCACUGGUGAUCAGCAGUGGGACGUCAAGAAGAUCAGCAACGCACACACGAUCGGCUGUAACGCAGUGAGCUGGGCUCCUGCUGUGGUUCCCGGAAGCCUGAUCGAUCAACCGUCAGGACAGAAACCAAACUACGUCAAGCGCUUUGUCUCCGGAGGCUGCGACAACCUGGUCAAACUCUGGAAAGAGGAGGACGGUCAGUGGAAGGAGGAUCAGAAGCUGGAGGCUCACAGUGAUUGGGUGAGAGACGUGGGCUGGGCGCCAUCUAUCGGCCUCCCCACCAGCACCAUUGCCAGCUGCUCACAGGACGGACGCGUUUUCAUCUGGACGUGUGACGACCCGGCGGGAAACACCUGGACGGCCAAACUGCUCCAUAAGUUCAAUGACGUGGUUUGGCACGUGAGCUGGUCCAUCACUGGAAACAUACUGGCUGUGUCAGGAGGAGACAACAAGGUGACGCUGUGGAAGGAGUCGAUGGACGGUCAGUGGGCGUGUAUCAGCGACGUCAGCAAAGGCCAGGGCGCCGUCUCCACCAUCACAGACACGCAGCAGAACGAGCAGUGACACACACACACACAUACGGUGACCCCUGACCCCACCAACAUGACUUCAGAUGUCGGGACUUUCAAACCAAACAACGACACGUUGUCCACGGCGAUUGAGCUGAGUUUGAAAUCUGUUUUUUUUGUUUUUCUUCUAAAGGCUUCAGUUCGAGUCGGACGCCAUUUUCUCCAAAUCCAAACAUGACUGAUGAGAAUUUAACCCUCAACAUUUUUAAUCACAUGCACGCCAUUGUUUCUGUUUUGUUGUUUUUUUCUUUAAUGUCGGGUUUUCAAAUAUACACAAAUGCCUUUCGUCCAAUCCCAUGAUGCUUUGCACCGCAUACAUUCCACCACCUCCACCGACAGAGAACAGAAGCUGCUCAACAGGGAGGUCAAACAUUUAAAGGGACAUUCAGGCUCAUUUUUAAGUCUGGUUGUGUAUUGAGACACAAAAGAAAGGCUUAUUAGUGACUUAACUAAAGACACACCUUUUCCUACUGGAAACUGAAGUUUAUAAACCACUCACUCUCCUGCACCAAAGCCCAUUGAGAAAAUCAACAUUUUUAGCUCACAGGGACACAGGGAGCUGCUGGUCUACCGCUGCCUCGUGUGGUCACUUUGUGUCACUGAGAUAGAUCUGAACAAAGGAUUUCAAAAUAAGACAUUUGAACUUAGUGAUGGAGGCAGCAAUGGUACGACAACUCCUGUGUGCUGUGCUGUUAAAUCAUGGACUUUGGUGUGGGAGAGUGAGACCAAAACUAUCACUUUAUGUGGUUUCCAUUUUUGAAAAGCUCUUUCUCAACUCAAGUGAACAGAUGUAAUAAAAAACAAUCAUAAAGAGAAUAAAUGACUUAUACGUUG